UCUUUGACCGUCGAAGGAAGAGGUGUCAACGCAUCAGUUUUAGAGAAAGAUAUUGGAACGGUGAAUGGAGUUAUACAUAUUAUAGACAGAAUACUUGGUGUUCCGUUUCAGUCAAUUGGAGAUAAGAUGGCUGCAGACCCUGGAAUGAGUCAUUCUUGGAGUUUGGCAGUAGCUACACGUCUUUCUAGUUUACUUUUAAGAAACUCACCUGGGGCCAGGAUAACUAUGAUGGUUCCAACUAAUGCUGCUUGGGAAAAGGUUAAGAGAGAUUUUACGCAGGCAUUUCGAAGCUUAACAGACAUAAACACACCCGACUUCGCAACAAGAAUUCUACAAAGGCACUUGAUUAUAUCAGAUAGAGACUUCACAAUAGAACAGUUAGUGGAAAGAAGUCUAAGAAAUCCAACAACUACAGUUCCAACGGAGGGUGGAGAGCUGACCAUAACAGGAGUAGGAGAAUUUCAGUUUAACGCAUACAAAGAUUGGUAUGUCUCAUGGGACAAAAUAAAGGGAAAGGUUGUAAGACCAAAUAUAGAGUGUAUAAACGGUUAUAUUCACCUCGUGGACACAGUUAUGAUGGAUGAGCGUCAAAUAUUUGAAUUUCCCAUGACUAGCGGAAACAGCCGGCCGGUCAGUUUGUGGCCAGUUUUUCUCUUAUUCUUUGCAUUCUCGAUGCUAUUCUCCCAUUCCAUUGACGUAAUGUCAAGUUAAAUUAUCACUUUUUAUGAUCAAAGAUCGAAAAUACUCAUGGAUAAAACAGAAGUUCAGAAAUUAUGAUCAAAAACUAAAAUAGAAAAGAUAAUUAAUAUAGUAUAAAACAUGUGUAAAUAAAUAAAUAUGCAAAAUGAAAAUAUACUGCAAAUUACGUUGUUUUCUG